AUGCAGAAGCCAAUCUUUCUCUCUUGCUUCCUCUUCUUUUUCUUCGUCUACUUCAUCCCACGACAAUCUUUCUCUUGCCCACAGGACCAUAGAGAAUUUCUUCUCGAGUUCAAGAAGCUGCUGACUCACAACAUCAAGAACCACUCCACACAAAUCGCUUUAGGGGAAUUAAAGACAUGGAGGCCGAACUCAGAUUGCUGCAAAUGGAAACUUGUGAGAUGCAACACUCGUUCGCCUUCCAAAGAAGUGACAGACCUGAAUCUCAACGGUCUUGUCCUCUUUGGCUCAGUGAGUUCAACCCUUCUGAGACCGGUUCUGCGUGUAAGCUCUCUCAUGAGGCUAGAUGUCUCCUCUAAUUUCAUACAAGGAGAGAUACCUGGAGAUGGGUUUGGGAACUUGACCAGGUUAAUCUCUCUUGACAUGGGUCGUAACAGCUUCAACGGCACGAUCCCUCCUGAUUUGUUUUCCAUAAAGACUCUUCAGCACCUUGACUUAAGCAUGAAUGCUAUCGGUGGUACGUUGAGUGGUGACAUCAAAGAACUCAAGAAUCUGGAGGAACUGUUUUUAGAUGAGAAUCUUAUUGGAGGAGAGAUUCCUCCUGAAAUUGGCAGUCUUACUGCACUACGGAAGCUAUCAUUGAAACAGAACAAGUUCUCUGGUUCUAUACAGUUGUCCAUAUCACACUUGGUCAAUCUCUCAACUCUGUCUAUGAGUAGGAACAAUUUCUCCGGUGGAAUUCCAUCGUCAAUUCAAAAUCUAACAAAUCUCGAAACCCUUGAGCUUGAGAAUAACAGUGGCUUGUCAGGUGAGAUUCCCACAUGGCUAUUUCAUCUUCAGAAGCUGAGGAAACUGCGUCUCGGAGGAAACAAACUCCAAUGGAACAAGAAUGGCUCUAUCUUUCCACAGUCUAAGUUAACACAUCUGUCACUUAGUUCUUGUGGUUUAGAAGGGAAAAUUCCGGAUUGGCUCAAGAAUCAAACAGAUCUUUAUUUCUUGGAUUUGAGCUUGAAUAGACUCGAAGGAAGCUUCCCCAAAUGGCUGGCUGAUCUGAAAAUGGAAAAUAUAAUAUUGUCAGACAACAGACUCUCAGGUUCACUGUCUCCUAGUUUGUUUCAGUCUCUGAGGAUCAGUACCAAAGUCUAUAGCAAAUAUUUACAGGCUGCUGUGGCUGGACUUGUCAAAGAACAAGUUAUCAGGCGAAUUCCCAAGAUAAAGCCAACAUUCAUUGCUUGCAUUGCUCGACAUAUCUUCGAACGAGUUAUCUGGAGAUGUUCCAGCUUCUUUUGGGUUAAACACCGUAAGUCUCACCAUGACUUUAUCUCCAGGCUAUCUCAAUCUCUUGAGGUUCUUAGCCUGAGAAACAAUUUCCUCAAAGGUUCAAUCACAGAAGACAUAUCAACUCUCACAAGUCUCAAGGUCUUAGAUCUCUCUGAGAACAGCCUCGAUGGAACUCUUCCUUCAAAUCUUGGCAAUCUCACAGGAAUGGUAGAAUCCCCCACGAGCUCUUCUUCAAUUGUUUCUAGCUUCAUUUCCGAAAUAACCGACUUAUCAGAGAUCGAAUCACAAGACUUGGAAGUGAAUUGGAAGAGAGUAAAGCAAGUUAUUUCCAACAGAAACUUUUACCUCUACACUUGUCCUGUUCGUUUGGUUGCCGCGGUUUUCGGCGUCGGCAUCGGCGGCUGCGUCGGCGUCGUUUGGUUGUUGUUCGUUUUGUUGACGCCGACGCUGCCGCAGAUUGCUGUUCGUUUCUGA